AUGAUUUCGCAAGAGCGUACAUUACAACAAUUGAAAAAGUUGUGGACUAACUUGAAACAGACUCAGAGAGAAUUGUUAACCAAAGAAAAACAGGCUUGUUUUGCAACUGAUGGUGGUCCACCACCUCCAAAGAUAAAUAUUGAUCCCGAUAUAGCCACAAUAGCACCACAUCUUACGACAACAGCUCCUGUUAUUUUUACAUCAAAUAUGACAGAAAGUGAAAUUGAUGAAAGAGAUAAUAAUAUUAUACUAGUUGAUGAAAUUAAUGACGAAGUACAAAAAGGUGAAAGAAUAACUGAAAAGACUGUAGACAAAGAGAAUCAAAAUAAGAUUGACUUUUUAAAUAAAGCGUCUUCUUCGAAGAGAACGAGUUUAGAUAACAUUUAUUCACAAACUACAAAACCAGUAAAAAUACGAAGAAAUACGUCAGAAAGUCUUGAUAAUGAUGAAAAUGCCGUAAAGAUUGAAAGGAUAAAAAGGGUAAUGGAAGACGAAAAAGAAAUGGCGAAUGUACGAAAAAGUCAUGAAAACAGAAUGAUCAUGAUGAAAGAAAAUUUUCAAAAGGAAUUAUACGCUUUAGAUAUACGAGCAGCUACUGCAAAGGCCGAACUAGCCGAAUUACAACUACAAAAAGAACAAGAAACAGGGCGAGGGGUGAGCUGA